AGCCUGUGCCCCAACCCUGCUGGGCCGACACCCCCGGCCACGCGGGAUGGAUUGGGGUCCCUCCUGGGGGUUGCCCAGUGCUGGUAGCCAGGGCUGUGGCCCACGGGGAGAGCGGGACCAGCGGGUCUGGCGAGGACCAGGCCGUGACACAGGGUGGCGUGAAGGUUGCGGGGACUGGCUGUGUUAGGCAAAGGGUCUGUGGAGGAACUGUGCAGGCGGGGGGCCCCUUCCUUCCCCUUUGCUAGGAGAGAGCCCAGCAGCCUGCUGAGCCCCAGCCGAGCUGAGCCCCGCUAAGCCGAGCCCAGCCAAGCCAAGCCAUCGAAGAGCAGGACAUGGGAAUCCCCACGGCUCCAGCGACCCGGGCGCUGCCUCUCGCCUGCCUGAUGCUGCUCCUGCUCCGGAGAGCCUCGGGUGUGAGUCUCCAGACGGGUCAGAGCUUCAAGCUGCACCAGCCCCAGGACAAGGUGUCAGUGGCAGCAGGGGACACGCUCACCCUGACCUGCACCGUGUCUACAGACGGUCCCCUCGGCCCCGUGAAGUGGCUGAAGGCCUGGGGCAGCAGGAACGAGACUGUUUAUGAGCAGACGGGCUCCUUCCCCCGUGUGACGAGGGUCGUGAGUGGGUCUGACGCAGAUUUUAGCAUCCGCAUCAGCGAUGUUCGCCCCGAGGAUGUCGGCACCUAUUACUGCGUGAAGUUCCGCACGUCGCUGCGUGGUGAUGUGGAGUUUCGGCGUGGAAAGGGCACGGAGGUGUCCGUGUACAGUGUGUGGCCCCUGACAGAUCGGGGCUUCGAGCUGCACCAGCCCCAGGACAAGGUGUCUGUGGCAGCAGGGGACACGCUCACCCUGACCUGCACCGUGUCUACAGACGGUCCCCUCGGCCCCGUGAAGUGGCUGAAGGCCUGGGGCAGCAGGAACGAGACUGUUUAUGAGCAGACGGGCUCCUUCCCCCGCGUGACGAGGGUCGUGAGUCCAUCUGACACAGAUUUCAGCAUCCGCAUCAGCGAUGUUCGCCCCGAGGAUGCCGGCACCUAUUACUGUGUCAAGUUCAGCAAGUCGCUGGCUGGUGAGGAGGUGUUUCGGCAUGGAAAGGGCACGGAGGUGUCCGUGCACGGUGAGUGGGGCUCCCUGAGCUGCUCCUGGUGAGCACCAGCCCUGCCGGGUGCAGCCCCUGGCACAGCCCAGCCCCGUGGGCUCUGCUUGGG